AUGCAGAACGGUGAAGAAACAGUGGCAGCUACGGAAACAGUCAAGCCUGAAGAAGUCACGAAGCAAUCUUACCGCGUCAAAGUAUGGCGACACUUGGAGAACAAUGGUCUGGCCAUGUUCCCCCGGCCGGUAUACAACCGCAUACCAAAUUUUAAGGGUGCUCAAGAAGCAGCAGUCAAGCUGGCAGAGUUGGAGGUGUUCAAGAAUGCAAAUACUGUCAAAGUCAACCCUGAUAAGCCACAGGAGCCCGUAAGAGUGCUAUGCCUGGAGCAGCAAAAAAAUCUCUACGUUCCGGUGCCUCGCCUGCAAAACGGUUUUAUGAACCGUCUAGUAUUGCCCGAGGGAGAGACUGGACCCGCGGCUAUCAAAAAGGCAGUCUCCCGAAACGGCAUGGAGACGUACGGAAAACCAUUGUCCAUCGAAGAAUCCGUUUCGCUGGAUCUCGUCGUAAUGGGAUCAGUCGCCGUCUCCAAAGAGGGAUACCGCAUUGGCAAAGGACGAGGUUACGGAGACCUGGAGUUCGGUCUAAUAAUGCACAUGAAGGCUAUCAAACCCAACACUCUUGUGGUCACCACAGUGCAUGAUUGUCAAGUGUUUGAUACACUACCGCAGGAACUGUUUGGACCGCAUGACGUGCCAAUAGACAUCAUUGUCACACCCACACAGGUGAUAGAGACACAGCGUCUCAGCCAGCGUCCAGUGGGAAUUCUUUGGCACCUGCUCUCAAACAGACGCAUUCAACAGAUGCCUGUGCUUGCGCAGCUUCGUGAAAUUGAGAUGCUGGCGGGCCGUGAUUGUACCCUGAAGGAAGUGGACACGGAUAUUGAAGACCGUGGUGGAUCUCGUGCACGUAGACAGAGACGUCGUACUCGCUCACACAAGAGCCAGAGUGAGGGGGAGGGUAACACGACAGAAGGUGAAGAGAAGCCCAAAAACCGUCGUACCCCGCGCAGGCGCAACAGUCAGAGGUCUGCCAAGGAGAAUAAGGAGAACAAGGAAGGAGAUGACGUCAAGGAAAAGCCCAGGCGUCCGCGAAGACCGAGACCGGUCAUUGAUUUCUCUGUUAAGAUCUCGAAUAUCAGCCCGUCAACUCGAGUGCGUGACUUGAAGCAAGCACUCAUAGAACGCGGUGUAAAACCACAGAUGAUGACUUGGAAAGGAUUCCGCGGGUUCUGUUACCUACACUUCUACAAAACACCCCAAAAGGGUGAAGGCGACAACAUUCAACCACCAAACAUGGAGAGCAUCAUCAAUGCGUUGUCCCAAAUGUGUGUGGCGGGAACAGGAGACGAGACUAGCGAGAAGCCUCGUUUACUGAGCGUCGAACCGGCGCCUCCCAGGAAUAUUAUCCGGCCUGUCACUCCCGCCGUUGAACAGCCGCCGUUAGAGGUAACGUAUUAG